AUGACUACAUUAAUGAAAAUUUGCGAUGGUUUGAAAAACCUUUUUGAUAUAGAAUCAGAUCAACGAACAUCUAAAAUGUUUCUUAUGAGUUCACCGUUGCCUGUGCUUUUAAUAUCAUUGACUUACUUAAUUAAUGUUCAAAUUCUUUUUCCCAGAUAUAUGGAAAAUCGGAAAGCGUUUGACAUCAAACAAAGCUUAAGAUUUUAUAAUUUGUGGCAUUUAUCUAUCAACAUAAUAUUCUUCUAUCUUUCUUGCUCCUUGGGAUGGUUGUCGACUUAUAGCUGGAGAUGUGAACCAGUAAAUCGAUCAAGUGAGGGAAUUGGAUUUACUAUUGCGAAGGUUUCAUGGUGGUUUUUGAUGUUUAAAUUUACUGAUUUCUUGGAGACAUUGAUAUUGGUUUGUGGAAAGCGAUAUGAGCUUAUAACAAAGUACCAUGUUAUACAUCAUUUCUUGUUACCGAAUAUGAUCUGGGGAGCUGUAAAAUUUGUUCCUGGAGGGCACGCUACGUUCUUUGCUUUCAUAAACACAUUUGUGCACUCAAUUACUUACGGAUAUUUGAC